CAUAAGUUAAAUAACUCAAUUACAAAGUUUUUUGAAUUAAUAUAUACUAACACAUAGCCUAAGAAAAUAAUACGUUUACACAAUAAAAUUAAUGUUGGCAUUGAUAAGUUAUUGAAAGCAAUCAUGAGCCUUUCGGAGAUUUCCAGCAAGUUUACUGAAAAAACUUUGGAUGAAAUUAUACAGAAAUCAGGUGGCACUAAGCACACCUCAUACAAAUUUGGCGAAGGUUUUAAGAAGGGCGAUUCAUAUCUGAGCAGAGUAUACCGGCUUACCGUUUACGGUGUGAAAGAAAGUGAUGGCUCUACACUUGAAGUACACUUAAUCUGUAAAGGGAUGCCGGACAAUAUGGCCCGCAGAAAAGUUUUCCAUUCAGCUGAUUUUUUUCGGAAUGAAAUAAACUUCUAUACAAAAGUUGUACCUGCCUGGGAGUCGUUCCAAGCGCGUCGUAAACCCGCCAAUCCAUUUAACGAAUAUCCAAAAUGCCUUGCGUCGCAUUGUGAUGGUGAAAAUGAUUUUAUAGCAUUAGAAAAUGUGAAUUACCGCGGUUAUGGCGCGCCCAAUCGCCAGGAUUAUAUAUCUUUGGAGGAUGCUAUAUUAACAAUGCGUACAUUGGGUCGCUUCCAUGGCGUUUCGUUGGCAUUCCGUGCGUUAGAACCGGAAAAUUUUGAGGCAGCGGCACGAGGUUUGGAGGAAACAUACUACAAUGAAGCCAAGCGUUCCUGGUAUAUUGGUUUCCUCGGCUUGGCCUGCAAUGUGGCCAAAGAUGCUGUGGAGAAAACCUAUGGUGGCACCAAAUACGAAACUAUCGCUAAAAAGUUCCUACAACCAACACCACUGUAUGAUGAUCUUAUUAAACUCGUAUCUGCAGAUUCUCCACUUGCGGCUAUUGGACAUGGUGACUGCUGGACUCCAAAUUUCCUGACCCGUUACUCGAAAGACAAACAUCCAGAGGCUAUUGUUAUAAUAGAUUUCCAACUAGCGCGUCGAGCUUCCAUUGCUUUGGAUAUAUCUUUCUUCGUAUAUUCCUGUACGAGUGAAGAGCUACGCGUAUCUCACUAUGAGCAGCUCUUGAAAGAGUACCACCAAAGUGCUUGUGCGUUGAUAGCCGAGUUAGGUGCUAAUCCAACUGAGGUUUUGAGUUGGCAAGCAUUCCAAGAAGAAUUGCGGCAAUUCGCACGUUUCGGUUGCGGAAUGGGUAUCGAAUCACUGCCAAUGUCACUCGCUGAAGACGAUGAAAUCGCUGACUUAGAUGACAUGAAAGAGGAUGCUGUACUCACAGAUGUCUGGGAUAUUAAACCGUUCAAAGUACAAAGCAAACGUGAACGCGUUGCUCAGAUUUUCAAACAUGCUAUCGAUCAAAAUUAUAUAACAAACUGAAGUGCAAAAAUCACGUAACAAAACUACACACAUUAAUAUGUACGAAAUAAGGUUUUUGCCAUUGCAUAUAUUCCUACAAAUAUUUAAGAUAAAAAGUAUUAAAAACAAUA